AUGGCAAAAUCAAUUACAAAACACAGAGUUUGUUCUCGGCAAUCUUCAGUAUCUUCUCUGUUAGCAAGCUGCAGCCUGAGUGGUAGUAAUUCCUCUAACUCUGAUGGCUCUUUUCAGUAUAAGGAUAAACUGUAUAGUUCUGCAUCUCAGGCUCUACAGGCCUAUAUUGAUGAUUUUGAUUUAAGCCAAAUGUAUCCUGGUGCAAGCACUGGAAAGAUUAACAUUGAAAGAUGUUCCACUAAUAUGCCAGAAUUCUCCAACUAUAUUUAUAAACCAAAGAAUGCUUUUGAAAAUCUUGAUCCCAAAAAAUGCUCCUCUUCAUCCUGUAGAAGAAAGACUGUUAAUGACAUAGACUCCAUUAGCCUAACAACUGAUGAUCUAUUAAAACUUCCAGCAGAUGGAUCAUUUUCUUUAACUUGCAUUGGAUCAAGUCACCGAAUUAGCAAGAAAAACAAGAAAGGCAUUCGAAGACUGAGUUCCUCGGAUACUGAAAAGAAUCAAAAUUUUCGAGAACCUUCCACUCCCAUGUGCAAAGAUAACUUAGUUACUCCUGUUGUAUACACAAAUAUAAAUGGAAAGCAACGUGGUAGGCUAAAAAAAACAAAACUUGUGAAUAAGACUAAUAAGUGGGUUUCUGAACCAUCUUUAUCAUUUUCCAAGAAGUUGUCUUUCAAAGACAGUUCAGAACACAAACUUGAAAAGAAUUAUCCAAGAUGGCUCACUAGCCAGAAAUCUGACCUUAAUGUUUCAGGAAUAACUAGUCUACCUGAUUUCACAUACCCAGUCUGGCUCCACCAUCAAGACUUGCUACCUGAUACAAAUAGUCAAAGGAUUUCUAAAAUAUUUAAAGAAGAUCAUUGUUCCCCUAGACAUAGUUACCAGGCACAAAGAACUUCUCGACUUAUGAAUAAAUUAGACAGUUUUGAAUAUUCUUUUGAACCCUCAAACAUUUCAGACUCCUUGAGUGAUGAUAAAGGAUUAGUUAAUGAAUAUAAAUGUGAUUCUGAACAUAGCCAGUGUCAAUGUGAGAAUCCAGUUCUCCCAGGACAAACCAAAAAGCCAUUCAGUGGUGACAAAAUUGAAUUGCUUAUCCUGAAGGCCAAGAGAAAUCUAGAGCAUUGUACUAAAGAGUUACCGAAGUCUACAAAGAAGGAUGAUAGUCCUUGUUCAUUAGAUAAACUUGAAGCAGAAAGAUCAUGGGAAAAUAUUCCUGUUACUUUCAAAUCUCCUGUUCCUGUUAAUUCUGAUGAUAGUCCUCAACAAACUUCAAGGGCAAAGUGUGCUAAAGGGUUCCUUGAAGAUUUUUUAAAUAAUGAUAAUCAGAGCUGUACCCUUUCUGGAGGGAAACAUCAUGGUCCUGUUGAAGCACUGAAACAAAUGUUAUUUAAUCUUCAAGCAGUACAAGAAAGUUUUAAUCAGAAUAAAACAGCAGAACUGAAAGAAGAGAUUAAGCAAGUUUCAGAAGAUAAUUUCUCUAAAUCACAGUUGAAGGAAAGUAUGGUUCCUAUUACUAGUUCACUUCAAAAGGCUUUGCACCAUUUAUCCCGCCUGAGAGACCUGGUUGAUGAUACCAGUGGGAAACAGUCGCCGAAAAUGUGAAGAGGAAAAAAAAA